UUUUUUAAAUUUACUUCUCUUUAUAUUUCCUUAUCAACCUUUUCCUUAACAUAUUUUUGUAUAUAUUUUAGACUUGUAAUAUUUAACCUUCAUUUACCUCCCGCCCUUUACCGCUUAUAUAAAUAGCUUUUUAUAUUUCCAUUUCUUAGCCUUUUAUAAGUAGAAUAAAUAUAUAUUAUGUAUAUUCGUUCAGUUUUUAAUUUGAAACCAAAAUAUUCACAAAUUAGAGGUGGUUCAAAAUUCAAUUCUAACGUGAAAAUAGGGAUUGAAUUAAUCUUCUUGUUUAGGAUUGGACAAAUAGGUGUUUGAAUAAUGAGGGAAAAAAUUAUUUUUUGUUUAAGAUCGGCCAUAAAAAUUCUGUAUAAUUCAAGAUGGAAUUUUAGCCUAGUUGAGCUAAAAAGGUGAUUUUUGAAUGAACGCAAAAAGCUAUAGAGUGAGAAAAAUAUUAACUUUUAUAGGAUGAAUUAUAGCAAUUGGAAUAUUUAAUGAGAAAGUUUGAAAAGCAGAUGGUCGGGCAGAAUUUAGAAAAAGAUAGAAAAAUAAUUUUAGUUCAAAGUGUUAAGAAAGAAUAUGUAACCGUCGGUUUUACAAUAAGGAAUGUAAAAAUGGGUUCACUAUUCGUUUAUAUCCCCACAAUUCCGCAAAUGUUUGUCAGCACAUUUUUUCAUUCUUUCUCCUCAUAA